GGUGUGUGGGAAUUUUGGCAAAACUCUCCCAAGCCCAUGGGGGUGGGGCGAAGGACAACUUUCUUAGAAAUCUCACCUUGACCACCCAUUAAAUUCGCCGUCCAGGUUUCCUUACCACCCUGUCAGGCCCUAGGCCUUCUCCCUCAGGGAGCGGGUGCUAGUGUGCCCUGCCAGAGGUUCUGGGCAGAACUUCAUGAGAGCAAGCCCAUUCUCUUCCCCCAUCUUCUCUUUUCCCAGAAGCAGGAAGAGGUAACAUGUGAAAGUUGUCCCCGAGCCCCGAGUGAUGCGCUUCCCCUUUCUGUCUCUUUUUCAGGCAGCGCUGCCUUCUCCAUCAUCCUGACCCGGGAGAAGAAAUACCGGAGGAGAAACUCCUCACCCUGCCCUGCCCCCAUCACACACCUACUGGUACACCUCAUGCCUGGGUCCAGAGUGGGUGAGGGUGAAGAACCCACCCAGCCAAGAUGAUCCCUUCUCUGGGGACUGCCGCUGGUGUCCUCCCCCAGAUCCCGGGCCCCAGCAGGUGGGAGAGUGGCCCCCAACUGAGUCCUAUCAGACUGCUGCAGAGGAGGUGAAGAGGGGUUGAGAAGAGGCACCCAUCCCGGAGCCUGGAGCUACUUGCCUUCACCCUGUAGAUUUUGACUGCUUUAGGAGAGAAGGACCUGUUGGUGGCCUUUGGAGGCAGGAAGCUGGACUGUGGCUCUGCCCCAGCACCUAUGCCCCCACCUCUGGCAGCGUCAUGAGUCAGUUUCAGGUGCCCCUGGCAGUCCAGCCAGACCUGCCAGGCCUUUAUGACUUCCCUCAGGGCCAGGUGAUGGUAGGGGGCUUCCAGGGGCCUGGGCUCCCAAUGGCUGGGAGUGAACCCCAACUCCGAGGGGGUGGAGAUGGGCGGAAGAAACGGAAACGGUGUGGUACUUGCGAGCCCUGCCGGCGGCUAGAAAACUGUGGGGCUUGCACCAGCUGUACCAACCGCCGCACACAUCAGAUCUGCAAACUGCGCAAGUGUGAAGUGCUGAAGAAAAAAGUGGGGCUUCUCAAGGAGACAGGCUCAGAGCUCAGCCCAGUUGAUGGACCUGUUCCAGGUCAGAUGGACUCAGGGCCAGUGUACGAUGGGGACUCACGGCAGCUAAGCGCCUCAGGGGCGCCGGUCAAUGGUGCUAGAGAACCUGCUGGACCCAGUUUGCUGGGCACUGGGGGUCCUUGGCGAGCAGAGCCGAAGCCCGACUGGGACGUGACCCCCGGACCAGCUCAUACUGCUCGCCUGGAAGAUGCCCACGAUCUGGUGGCCUUUUCGGCUGUGGCCGAAGCUGUGUCCUCUUAUGGAGCCCUUAGCACCCGGCUCUAUGAAACCUUCAACCGUGAGAUGAGUCGCGAAGCUGGGAACAACAGCAGGGGACCCCGGUCAGGACCCGAGAGCUGCUCUGCUGGCAGCGAAGACCUUGACACGCUGCAGACGGCCCUGGCCCUCGCUCGGCAUGGCAUGAAACCACCCAACUGCAACUGCGAUGGCCCAGAAUGCCCUGACUACCUCGAGUGGCUGGAGGGGAAGAUCAAGUCUGUGGUUGUGGAGGGAGGGGAGGAGCGGCCCAGGCUCCCAGGGACUCUGCCUUCUGGUGAGGCUGGUCUUCUGGCGCCAAUCACCAGGCCACUCCUCAGCUCUGAGGUCCCUCAUAUACCUCCUCCUCUGGAGGGCCUGCCCCUGUCCCAGAGUGCCCUGAGUAUCGCCAAGGAAAAAAACAUCAGCCUGCAGACCGCCAUCGCCAUUGAGGCCCUCACACAACUCUCCUCUGCCCUCCCCCAACCUUCUCACGCCACCUCCCAGGCUUCUUGCCCCCUUCCUGAGGCCUUGUCCCCUCCUGCCCCUUUCAGAUCUCCCCAGUCCUACCUCCGGGCUCCCUCAUGGCCUGUGGUCCCUCCUGAAGAGCACCCAUCCUUUGCUCCUGAUAGCCCUGCCUUCCCUACAGCAACUCCUAGAACAGAGUUUCCUGAAGCCUGGGGCACUGACACCCCACCAGCAACUCCCCGGAGCUCUUGGCCCAUGCCCCGCCCAAGCCCUGAUCCCAUGGCUGAACUGGAGCAGUUGUUGGGCAGUGCCAGUGAUUACAUCCAGUCAGUAUUCAAGCGGCCCGAGGCCCUGCCCAGCAAGCCCAAGGUCAAGGUUGAGGUACCCUCUUCCUCCCCAUCCCCAUCCCCAUCCCCCAUUCUCCAAAGGGAGGCCCCCACACCGUCCUCAGAGCCCGAUUCCCACCAGAAGGCCCAGACGGCCCUGCAGCAGCACCUCCACCAUAAGCGCAGUCUCUUCCUGGAACAGGCCCACGACGCCUCCCUCCCCCCUCCCGCGGAGCCUCCUGCUCCCGGCUGGUGGGCACCACCCAGCUCACCUGCCUCACGGCCAUCCGACAGAGCACCCAAGGAGAAGAAAAGGAAGCCCCUGGCACCAGCUGGAGGUCUCGUGGGAACUGACAAAGCUGGCCCUGGGAUCAAGCCCAGUGUCCGGAAGUCCAUUCACAUCAAGAAGUCCAGGCCACGGGAGGCACAGCCCCUCUUCCCACCUCUGCGGCAAAUCAUCCUGGAAGGGCUGAGGUCCCCAGUCUCUGAGGACGUGCAGGCACAUCCACCUGCCCCCGUUCCUGCCUCACAGGGCUCUGCUGUCCCCCUGCCCCCAGAACCUUCUCUUGCGCUAUUUGCACCUAGUCCCUCCGGGGACAGCCUGCUGGCCCCUACUCAGGAAAUGAGGUCUCCCAGCCCCAUGGCAACCCUGCAGCCAGGCUCCGCUGGCCCUCUUCCCCCUGCCGAUGACAAGCUGGAAGAGCUCAUCCGGCAGUUUGAGGCUGAAUUUGGGGAUAACUUUGGGCUUCCUGGCCCCCAAUCUGUGCCCUUUCAGGACCCCGAGAACCAGCCAACCUGUCUCCCAGCCCCCGAGAGCCCUUUUGCUACCCGCUCUCCCAAGCAAAUCAAGAUCGAAUCUUCAGGGGCUGUGACUGUGCUCUCAACCACCUGCUUCCAUUCAGAGGAGGGAGGCCAGGAGGCCACACCCACCAAGGCCGAGAACCCACUCACACCCACCCUCAGUGGCUUCCUGGAGUCACCUCUUAAGUACCUGGACACACCCACCAAGAGUCUGCUGGACACACCUGCCAAGAGAGCCCAGGCCGAGUUCCCCACCUGUGAUUGCGUAGAACAAAUAGUGGAGAAAGAUGAAGGUCCGUAUUAUACUCAUCUGGGAUCUGGCCCCACGGUAGCCUCCAUCCGGGAACUCAUGGAGGAGCGGUACGGAGAGAAGGGGAAAGCCAUCCGGAUCGAGAAGGUCAUCUACACGGGGAAGGAAGGGAAGAGCUCACGUGGCUGUCCCAUCGCAAAGUGGGUGAUCCGCAGGCACACGCUGGAAGAGAAGCUGCUCUGCCUGGUGCGGCACCGGGCGGGCCACCACUGCCAGAAUGCCGUGAUCGUCAUCCUCAUCCUGGCCUGGGAGGGCAUCCCCCGAAGCCUCGGAGACACCCUCUACCAGGAGCUCACCGAUACCCUCCGGAAGUACGGGAACCCCACCAGCCGGAGAUGUGGCCUCAACGAUGACCGUACCUGCGCUUGCCAAGGCAAAGACCCAAAUACCUGUGGUGCCUCCUUCUCCUUCGGUUGUUCCUGGAGCAUGUACUUCAAUGGCUGCAAAUAUGCUCGGAGCAAGACUCCUCGCAAGUUCCGCCUCGCGGGAGACAACCCCAAAGAGGAAGAAGUGCUCCGGAAGAGUUUCCAGGACCUGGCCACCGAAGUUGCUCCCCUGUAUAAGCGGCUGGCCCCCCAGGCCUAUCAGAACCAGGUGACCAAUGAGGAAAUAGCGAUUGACUGCCGCCUGGGGCUGAAGGAAGGGCGGCCCUUCUCAGGGGUCACGGCCUGCAUGGACUUCUGUGCCCACGCCCACAAGGACCAGCAUAACCUCUACAACGGGUGCACGGUGGUCUGCACCCUGACCAAGGAAGACAAUCGCUGCGUGGGCAAGAUUCCCGAGGACGAGCAGCUGCACGUACUCCCCUUGUACAAGAUGGCCAACACGGAUGAGUUUGGCAGCGAGGAGAACCAGAACGCCAAGGUGGGCAGCGGGGCCAUCCAGGUGCUCACCGCCUUCCCCCGCGAGGUCCGGCGCCUGCCGGAGCCUGCCAAGUCCUGCCGCCAGCGGCAGCUGGAAGCCAGGAAGGCGGCAGCUGAGAAGAAGAAGGUUCAGAAGGAGAAGCUGAGCACUCCUGAGAAGAUCAAGCAGGAGGCCCUGGAGCUGGCUGGCAUCCCCACUGACCCAGGCCUGUCUCUGAAGGGUGGAUUGUCCCGGCAAAGCCUGAAGCCCUCCCUCAAGGUGGAGCCACAGAACCACUUCAGCUCCUUCAAGUACAGCGGCAACGCGGUGGUGGAGAGCUACUCGGUGCUGGGCAGCUGCCGGCCCUCCGACCCGUACAGCGUGGACAGCGUGUACUCCUACCACUCCUACUAUGCACAGCCCGGCCUGGCCUCCGUCAACGGCUUCCACUCCAAGUACGCGCUUCCGUCAUUUGGCUACUAUGGCUUUCCAUCCAGUAACCCCGUCUUCCCCUCUCAGUUCCUGGGUCCUGGCACCUGGGGGCACAGUGGCAGCAACAGCAGUUUUGAGAAGAAGCCAGACCUCCACGCUCUGCACAACAGCCUGAGCCCAGCCUACGGUGGUGCUGAGUUUGCCGAGCUGCCUGGCCAGGCUGUUCCCACAGACACCCACCACCACCCUGCUCCUCACCACCAGCAGCCUGCUUAUCCAGGCCCCAAGGAGUAUCUGCUUCCCAAGGCCCCCCAGAUCCACCCAGUGUCCAGGGACCCCUCUCCCUUUGUACAGAGCUCCAGUUGCUACAGCAGAUCCAUCAAGCAAGAGCCGGUAGAUCCACUGGUCCACGCCGAAUCUGUACCCAGAGAGCCUGGCAAGAUGGUCAGAAUGCCUUUGCCCGAGGCGUCUCAGAAUGGGGGACCCAAUCACCUAUGGGGACAGUACUCAGGAGGCCCAAGCGUGUCCCCCAAGAGGACUAACAGUGUGGGUGGCAGCUGGGGUGUGUUCCCUCCUGCGGAGAGCCCUGCCGUUGUCCCCGAUAAGCUCGGUUCUUUUGGGGCUGGCUGCCUGACCCCUUCCCACUUCCCAGAUGGCCAGCAUCAGUGGGGGUUAUUCCCUGGCGAGGGGCAGCAGCCGGCCCCCCAGCCUGGAGGACGGCUGCGGGGCAAGCCGUGGAGCCACUGCAAGUUUGGGGACACCGCCUCGGCCUUGGCUGGGCCCAGCCUAACGGAGAAGCCAUGGGCGGUAGGAGCCGGGGAUUUCAACUCUGCCCUGAAAGGUGGUCCCAGAUUCCAAGACAAGCUUUGGAGCCCCUUGAAAGGGGAGGAGGGAAGGAUUCCAACCCCGGGGGUGAGCCAGCUGGACAAAGCCUGGCAGUCCUUUGGCAUGCCCCUUGGCCCCAGUGAGAAGCUGUUCGGGGCCCUGAAGUCCGAGGAGAAGCUGUGGGAUCCCUUCAGCCUGGAGGAGGGGACGGCGGAGGAGCCCCCCAGCAAGGGCACGGUCAAGGAGGAGAAGGGCGGCGGAGGCAGCGGCGCUGGUGGGGCAGAGGAGGAGGAGGAGGAGGAGCUGUGGUCCGACAGUGAACACAACUUCCUGGACGAGAAUAUCGGCGGCGUGGCCGUGGCCCCCGCUCACGGCUCCAUCCUCAUCGAGUGCGCCCGGCGGGAGCUGCACGCCACCACGCCCCUCAAGAAGCCCAACCGCUGCCACCCCACCCGCAUCUCGCUGGUCUUCUACCAGCACAAGAACCUCAACCAGCCCAAUCACGGGCUGGCCCUCUGGGAGGCCAAGAUGAAGCAGCUGGCAGAGAGGGCACGGGCGAGACAGGAGGAGGCCGCCCGGCUGGGCCUGGGCCAGCAGGAGGCCAAGCUGUAUGGGAAGAAGCGCAAGUGGGGGGGCGCCGUGGUCGUCGAGCCCCAGCAUAAGGAAAAGAAGGGGCUUGUCCCCACCCGGCAGGCGCUGGCCGUGCCCACGGACUCAGCAGUCACCGUGUCCUCGUAUGCCUACACGAAGGUCACGGGCCCCUACAGCCGCUGGAUCUAGGUGCCAGGGUGCCAAGGAGCCAGCGUACCUCAGCGUCGGGCCAGGCCCGAGCUGCCUCUGUGGUGCUUUCGCCCUCACACCUGGGGGCGGGUUGGGGGUGCAGAAGUCUUUUUAUCUAUAUAUACAUAUAUAGAUACGCAUAUAUAUGUAUUUAUGGUCCAAACCUCAGAACUGACCCGCCCCUCCCUUCCCCCCGAUUCCCCAGCACUUUGAAGAAGAAACUACGGCUGUCGGGUGAUUUUUUUCGUGAUCUUAAUAUUUAUAUCUCCACGUUGGUUUUUUUCCUCCCUUGUUUGGGGGGGGGCCUUUUAUUUUCUCUUGUUUUUAAAACUCUAUCCUUGUAUAUCACAAUAAUGGAAAGAAAGUUUAUAGUGUCCUUUCACAAAGGAGUAGUUUUAAAUUCCAUUUAAAAUGUGUAUUUAUUGGAUUUUUUUAAAAGUGACAAUUGUAAUGGUAAAGGAUCGGCAGGAAAGGCCAGAAGCACUCAUUCCUGCCCAGUUGUGCUGGGCCUGGUGAGCCUGGCCCUCUUGGGAGCUGACAAGGUUCUCUCAGCCAUCGGCCCCUCAUGAGCCAAGUGCAGGUUGUAGCCACCCACUGCAUCCCUCCUGACAGACAUGCCUUCCCUUCAGGGGAGGGAGCCCUCAGGACAGCUUCUGUCCUCUCCGGUAGGAUGGGAGAAUCUGUAGAACAACAGCUGGGGUCCCUUUUCCAGUCACCGGCUUGGAGUCGGGGAUGGAGGCAGGUGCGCCCCAGGCCAGGCACCUGAGAUGCUGGCAUAGAUUUUCCCAGAAACCAGGUUGGAAGUAGACAGCUUCAAGCUUGCUAGUCUCCACACUGAAUCCUCUCUGUCCCUUAGCUAUCAAGUCAUGUGAUACCGUGGUCCCCUCGGCAGCACCUCGGGAUGGAGCUGGAAUCAAGAGGUUCUCGGGAGCCUUUUCCACCGAGCUGACUAGCCAACGAAUACUGGCUGGAAGGAAUUUGUCUUAGUGGCAGGUUUUUUUUUUAAAAAAAUGCCCCAAAGUCUGUGCUGAUACCGAAAAGGGCUACUGUAUCUUUAAAAACAGGAAGUUGAACCCAAGCUGUGAAAAGCCAGCGGUGCUGUGUGCAGCGCUGCGCAGAGCCUGGUGCUGUAGUGUUGUGCUGGGACUUCCUUGACUCGGGCAGGCUGCAUCUGCAGGAGCUCCGCACAGCAGUGUGACAGCAGUAACGCAUCUCCUUAUCCCUGGAUUUCACAUUGGACAAUGGUGCAUGCCUCAUACCUGAGCCCACCUCCUCCAUGCUAUCAUUUGGGGAGUGGGCCUACACUUAAUGAUUUUAAAAUGCAAGAGUCAAACAUUUUCAGCAGGUAGCUAUGAUUUUCCUCCCUAAUUGGUGCCAUUUCUCUAUUUGGUCAUUUUCUCCUUUCCUUCCUCCCCUCUCCACCCACUUGAACAUGCCCGUUCUAAAAUUCUGGUGCAUUCAUUCAGUUCUUUGAAAUGAGAAUGUGGUGCUUAAUUUUUUCAACAUUGUUGAGAGAGGUUGGGCCUGACAGGCGGAAGCAACGUGCGUUGACAGCAAGUCAGACUUCUUGGAGUGUCUGUUUUUCCUGUGGUAUUAGCAGAAAUUAUAUCCAGCUACCCAUGUGGAUGUGUGUGGUGAGUGGGAGGCUUCAUAAGGACACAGAGGGGAAUAUGGCCCCACAGUGAAUGACAGCCAAGCCCUGAGAUAAACAUCAGAUAUUUAUUGAGCAGUUUUAUUCAGAUGUGGGUCUUCAUAAAAUGAGUUUAACAAUCAGAUGAUGAUGCUAAAGGCAAGUUCCUGAGCUUCCAGGUGCCUUGUGUAAGAGCUGAGAAUUGGCCCGCUGGGUGUUUACUGUAACUGUUCCAGAAGCACUGGCGGAGAGUCGCUGUGAGAUGUCCUGAGCAUUUAUGUGGUCUGGUUUUAACUGUAAAUAGUGAAAAAAAAAUUUUUUUAAGCACUUUUGCCUAGAUUUAAACAGCAACUUGAAAAAAAGUAUGUUUUAACAUGUAAUUGUGGGAGAAAUUGUAAAUAGUAGCUGAAUAUUUAACGUGCUUUGUCUAUCCUUCACUUUUACCAUAUUCUGUAAAGUUGCAUUUAUUUUACAGGACAAAAAUGAAAUAUUAUUGCUUUUGAAAUAAGUACCCAAGAGCUUAUCAGGAUUUCGAAUUAUUCAGAACUCAGAUUUAUAGGAAAACCUCUGACCUUCAGUUUGACAAGCUAAAGGAAGCAGAGUCUUUAAUGAGCAUGCUGAUUUUCUAGUUUUGAGGAAAAGUUGGGUCCUUUAAAUGCUAUUUUGCUUAUCGCAUCAGUACUUUUAUGCAGGUCUCAUUUGACUCCGUGCUUAGGUAGAUGCGGGGGUGCCUUGAAAACUUCAUUUUAAAUUAUCUUAAGCAAGAAAUACAGUAUUUUACAAAACAUUUGGAGAAUGUGACCGUCUGUAUGACCCGGGAAAGCCCCAGGUUGGCUGUUGGUUUGGAAGGUCCUGAGUGUAACCCAGGUGAUUCUGAUGCUUGGCAUGUAUGAAUCUCCUUGAUGUGUGUUAAAUAGACCCUUCCCCUCAUCCCCCUUUGGUAGCAAAGCCAUUAGAUGAAAGAAGAAACCAAUACAAGCUAAAAGCAUGUGAUGUCUGUCCCCCCAGCCCAAACAGCCUUCGGUUCAUAAAUUCUAGAUCAGCAAAUAGGCUGCUGAGAAGUGAGUCAAGAGGCAGUCUCCAUUGGACGUCCCCAUGCCCUUCAGAACGGUGUUUCAGAAAUUAGGUGGUGCUGUUGCCAUGCUCAAGCCCAUGCUGAUUUUUACACACUACAUGUAUAACCUACCUCAAAUCUCAGUCAUUAAAUUAGCAUGCUUUAGACGUAUGUUGAAAAAGUAACUAUGCACAGCUCUUUAUCCCCCCCCCCUUGCUGCUGAAGGUUUCUUAAAGAGAAAAAUCAAAUUUUUAUUUUUUACUGGCACUAUCAUUUUUUAAGUCCUAAAGAUGAUUAACAGACAUUUUUAUCAUGAGAAGAAAAAUAAAGCCAUUGCAACUAAAGAACCUAACAGCAUGAUCAAGUUUUAAUAAUAGUAUAGCAGCGGAAAUGAUGGAGUCUUAGAGUCAUCCCCCAGUGUGCCCUGUCCACAGACGCCAUCCACAUGCAGUGCAGACAUUUGGUUCUUCUUCUGUUUUGUUUUCCCCGCCUUUUGCUUGCAAGGAAAGUACUUGCAAAGUUUUGUGCUAAGAGUUUUUUAAAAUAAAAAUCGCUUUGUGGCAGGUUCUCGCAAAAUAACUGGUGCUAGCUCAAGAAACCGUUAUCUGACCAUCAGAGAUCUUGAGUAAGGUGUUUCAUGGAUUUUGAGGUUUCUUGUUUUUGUUGUUGUUUGGUGUGUUUUUUGGCAGGGCCUAGGUUUCCCACACUCUGGCUUCGUGGGUACUGCUUUGCUGUCUCACUGAGAUGACAGAUAUGCAUGGAAAGAGAUCAUACCCACCCCUCUUGGUCCUUUCACCAGCCUCUUUUGGAAACAGUAGUUUGCAGAACAAGGGACUUUUACAGUGCUAAAGUAAGGAAAGAAGAGCAGAUCUUAAUUGCUUUGUACCAGACAGCAGUGGGUGUGUGAGGACGGGUGACAGUGAGUAAGUAGAUGGUAACCUGAAUUCCAUUGAGAGAACCCGGCCAGGCUUCAUGAAGUUAACCACCGCCAGAUCUCACACCAAGGCAGUGCUGUGGAAAAUUAAAAUGAUAGCCCUGACGUGCCUCAACCAGUCUCUCUUUCCUUUUGUUACUGAAGUGUGUUUUAUGGACUAGGAAGCAUUUUUAUGAAUUGAAAUAGUAUAAAUAAAAUGGUGCUAUGGUGUUUUAAUGUGACUGUCCCUGAUCCUGUCCUGCUGAGGUGCUAUCAAGGUUCUGAAACCACAACCAACCAAAAACAAGGUGGGCUCCAGUCUCUCUUGGCUUCUCCCCCCCUCCCCCCUUUUGGUGCUGUCUCCUUAGACCUCUGUUUACGUGCUAGAACCUGCUCUGAGCAGUUUUUCUGUUUUGUUUUAUUCUUCCCUUGCUGGCCAAAUAGAAAGGCAAGUCUCGAAGGCAGCCAGCCCCCUUACUACGACGGGGAAUGGGCUUGACGGGGAAUGGGCCUGCCUGGCUUGGAGGUGGCGGGAGCUCUCAUUUCACAUCUGUCCUCUUAGGCCUGAUAAGAAAGGAGGUGUGAAGGGCUUUUCUUUUUUCUUUUUUUUUGGAGGAAGGGGAGUUGGGUACUCCUGCCUCUUCUAACGUGGCAGGCAUUCUCAUAGCCAACACACAUUUUCCUCCUGCAGUCCAGGGUGCCAAGUAGAUGUCUCUGAGGGUUCCAAAGGUGCUCUGCAUACCAAGGUGGGCCAGAUGGGCCUCCUUCCUCACCUAGCACUGGCCAGGACCAUGGUGGGCAGGGGUCUCAUUCCUUUGCUCCUCACAGCCUUUGCCCCAGCAAUGCUUCUGCUUCUCAUUGGGAACCCCUCAUGUUCAGACUUAAAGGAAGGAGCUUUCUUUGCUCACUCGGUGCCACUGAGGCUCUUUUUAGUUGGUGCUAUCCUAAAUUUCUUCUUGGGUCCACAAAAGUUGAUAUUUUAAAAACUCAACAGGAAGCUCCAUUUUGUGUCAUCCACUGUCACAAUAAUUUUUUUAAAUACCUCAAAAACAAAACAUCAUGACAACUUUGGUAAAGUAGAUUCCAUGAGGGUCUGAUACAUACAGGUUGUCCAUUUGAUGACAUACUUGACCUUGCAGAAUCUGGGGUCAUUUUGUUUUUCAUUCUUCAGUUAAAAUGGCAGAAUGCCUAAAGGAAGGACUGUGGUUGACUUUAUUUCAUUUCCUUUUUUUGCUUUUGAAUAAAAUGUGAAUUUCCCAUGCCCAUCUCAUUGAGCUUUUUCAGUCAUGGUUGCUGUCAUUUGAAAUGACUCCCUCAAAACCUAGUUUUAUUAGCCAGCUGCAUUUGCUGUAGUACAUGGCCAACUUCAACAUACCCUGGACCAAAAUGAACAUUUUUUGGGGUGCAUACCCCCAGCAUAGGUUAUACAGUCCCACACCCACAUGUGCAAAGAGCUUUUCCAUGUGUGAGGCCCCCGUCUUGGCGCUCCCAGCCCUUCCUUCUGCAGAGCUGCCGACAAGAGCAAAGCAAUAGGCUUCUUCCCUGAGCAGAGACUGCAGCACAGAAAUGCAAAGUCUAAAGUUGCUUUUUGCCUAAGAAUCAGUGAGAAUUGGCCUACUUCCUUGUUUGCUUCUAUUCUGACAUCAGGGAUGCUUUUUGUAGUGGUAUUGUUUGCUCUCUUUUCUUGUUUUGACUACCUGUCAUUCAGGGAUAACUCAUCAUUAUUCACAUGAGGAUUUAAAAAAUACUAUUUGGCUCAUUUGACCAUCCAAAUUUUCUUGGUUCCAGUACUUUUUUUUCUUUUGAGGGGAAAAAGGAGGAGAAAAACAGGAGCGAUGUAAUUUCUUUUUCACGUAUUCUAAUUUAAAAAAAAACAAGGACAGGUCAUAUUGUGGCAUAUUAAUGCAUUAGACUUCAUCUAGAACCCCUGUAGCUUUUUGGUGUGUUUUAUUUCUUCUCUCUUUGAAUUCCUGUUUGGUUACUUGGCUUCCAAUGGAGGUGAACUUAACAACCAUACUUGAAUAUUCCGUCUUGACUUUGUAACUGUGGCUACUUGAAAUGAAGUUUAUCUGGGGUUGAUGGAUGAAUGGUAGAUUUUUGCAAUGUCUCAAGGCAAUAGGAUGUGUAUUAUUAAACUGUAGAUAUUCUUAGUACAGUAAAUUUAUGCUGAUAAUUUUAUUUUGUAUAAUUUUUACUUUUUUGUUAAUAUUUUUUCUUCCCACUUUAUUGGUUUGCCUCCUGAGCUACCCUCCUUGCCUUCCCUUCUCCCCCAGUGUUUCAGCAGAUUUAAUUUAGGGUGCCUAGAAAUUGCAAGUAUGUAUCCUUUUUUGAUUUGUAUUUUAUUAUAAUUUACACAAACAACUGGGUUUGUGAACUGUAUUACUCCUGGUAUCUUUAAAAUAUUGUGGGUGUUUUAAUAAAUUUUAUAUUUAUUUUUUGCACUCAAA